AAAAACCGCUGAGAACCACAUCAAGGGCUUCGUGCUGAACGAUGCUGCCAGCAGCCUCCUCAUCUUAACGCAAGUUAGGCGGGAUUAUUUGAAAGAAGCAAUGUCUUCCUUCAAUACACUUCUUAAAAAUGGUAGGACACCCAGUCAACUAACAAUUACUCGGCUUGUCCAGGCAUUCGCUCAGAAGGGAGAUAAAGAGAGUAUAAGGGAAAUUGAGAAAUUAAUAGAACCCCUCCAUGGGAUUCUUAAAUUUCCAAGAAUGCUUUUCAUCAACAACACUGCGUUGGCUCACAUCAAAAACAAUAACUACGAUGCUGCCACAGAAUACAUUGAGGAGAAAUUCAUUUCUAGACAACUGACUGAAGAUGCAAACCUGUCCUUUGUAUUCAGAAAAUUGAUAGAAGACAAAGAGGAAACAGCUUUGGAAAAAUUGAGUGCCAUGGCUGAAAGAUUGGCAAAUCAGUUUGGAAUUUAUAAGCCUGUUACAAACCUUUUCCUUCAGUACAUAGAUCAAGAAAAACUGAAUGAUGCUGAGCUUCUUCUGCAGGUAAGAAUAUGCCGGAAUCAAACAUGA